AUGUUUCACAAAUACAAUUCAUUUACGAAUACACUUUCUCCCUCCGAUCAAAUAUCGGCUUUUGUACCACAAAGUUUCGGUACUAAAGAGGCAACAAAUAACUUUUUCCUUGCUCCACAACCCAAAGGUCGUCAACCAGGUGGAUCCGGUCCCGAUUCCAAAGGAAGCUUAGCUGGUCGCCAGAUGUCAUUAUUUCGCUUUUUUUCAAAAAACACUGGUGCCAGUGGCUCAGCUAUAGCUGCUACAGCUCAAUCGGUAGCUGCUACAGCUCAAUCGGUAGCUGCUACAGCUCAAUCGGUAGCUGCUACAGCUCAAUCGGUAGCUGCUACAGCUCAAUCGGUAGCUGCUACAGCUCAGUCCGUAGCUUCAACAGCAACACAAGCUGUAGCCAAUGCAAGUCAUGCAGCCACUCAAGCAGUUGCUUCAACCGCAUCACAAGCUGUAGCUAGUGCAACUCAUGCAGCCACACAAGCAGUCCAGCAACAUGGCACUAGUCAUGCUGCUAAAAGUCAUGGUCAUGGUCAUGAUUCUCAUGCUGCUCCAUGGGAAGGUGUCAAUCUUUGGCGUACACCAUACAAAGGUGAUACUGAUACAAUUACACAAGUUAAACGUAACAAAGGAACACUUGAUCGUUUUGUUGAAACUCGUACUCGUCGUAUUCAAGAAUUACAACUUUUUGCAUUACGUAAUAAAACUAGACCUACUUGGGUAAUGAUGCCAAGAGAUAAAAUAAUUUUUGCUGCCCAAGGUCUUAUAGCUGCUUAUGUUAUUUUUCAAGUAACAACAAAAGUAUAUCAACAUUUGAAAGCUAAAGAUCGUCUUAAACUUAUAAAACUACUUUACAAAGACAAUGUCGAUUAA